GAAACAUCUCAUUAGUUCUCCCAAAAUGCAACGCGCGUCCAUCAUGGCUGCUCACUGACGCCGCUAGCAGCACGUGGGCGGGUGGAAACAGCCGCCUGAUCUCUGACUGAGAAGCACUUCACGUCACUUGUCCCCUCCAGAGAAGGACUGGUCGCGGUCGGACAUGCAGCUGGACGUGGAGGUCCCGGUCCUGCGAGGCUUCCUAACAGCCAGCGAGGCGCAGCUAUGGAAGCGAACCGUGUUCGGCACGGCAGAGGCCGGCCCCCUGCUGGCGUCCUUGAUGGAGGGGGACUUUGAGGCAGUUCUGCGCAGCCCCACGGUGUCACAUCUGCUCACUGGAGAUGGCAGCUGCAGCAAGGGGGACGACAUCGAGACCUACCUGGAGAGACGGGUUGCGCUGUACCUCGAUGAAGACCACAGCAACAGGCAGCUGGCAGUUUUGGCCCUAGCUGUCUCUUGUCUCCACACGUUUGCCCAGAGUAACUGGACUGGUCCUCCAGUCUCCAUCCAAAUGUGUGACCUGCUUCCUCAGACCCUGCUGUCCUCUCAGCCCCUGCCUGUGGUUGAGGCCGUCCACUCCAGCCUGCUGCUGGAUGGGGAGUCUGUGUACAGCCUGGUAGCCAACCCCUUGCUCCUCCUGCUGGCCAGGGUUAUUCUCACCAAGUGCUCCUCAAAGAUGGACAACCUCCAGCUGAUGCCGUGGUGGACUCUGCGCUACGUCAGCCUACACCAGCAAAUCCUGGAGGCCUGUUCCUCACAGCUCCUUGACUUGGCCAAAAGCAGCAUAGACAAAGUGCUGCAAUGUCAGCCUCUGUUGUCCAAGCAGAGAAACCUGGCGAUCCAUUUCCACCUGGAGUGUGUGUACACCAGCCUGACCUACUAUGACUACCAGCCAGCCAAGGAACACAUCAAGAAGGCCCAGGAGCUCUGUGGGCUGAAUAUCAACCUGACUGGGGCUCUUGGCAAGCGGACCCAUUUCCAGCAGAAGUACCUGGCUCAGCUUAUUCUUGAAGUCAAGAGAAAGCAGGAUCCGUCUGGACUGGUGGACGAGUUCAGUCCCGCCCCGACGCCUCAGGCAGGCCUGCCCAAGGACUACAGUCUGGACGAUGAAACCCGGUUGGAUAAGAUCAGUUUUGCGGAAGCGGAUCAGAAUGAGCUGCCUGACCUCAGCGUUGAAGAGCAGGGCGUUAUUCUGGGGCUCUGCACCGACUUCCAGAAGAAUAACCCGGUCCACAAACUGACUGAAGAAGAACUCUUGGCCUUCACAUCGUGUAUUCUGUCUCAGCCGAAGUUCUGGGCUGUAGAAGUCACAGCGCUUUGCCUCAGGACUAAACUGGAGAAGGGCAGUUCCCGAUGUGUCGAGAGAGCCAUGAUGCAAACCCAGGCAAUAGCAGAUCACUUUGAAGACCAGAGCUGUCCGGUGACCGAACGGCUCAAGGGGUUCUACUUCUGCCAAGCCCCCCCCAGAUGGGAUGUCCAGAAACAGCUGGCCAGCCUGCUGUCGGACCUCGGCUGCACCAGUUCAGCUCUGCUCAUGUAUGAGAAGUUAGAGCUCUGGGAAGAUGCAGUUAUCUGCUACGAGAGGCUGGGCCAGCAUGGAAAGGCUGAGGAGAUUGUUCGCAGGGAGUUGUUGAAGAAGGAGAAGCCCAGUCUGUACUGUCUACUGGGGGACAUAUUGAGGGACCAUCAGUACUACGACCGGGCCUGGGAGCUGUCGAACCAGCGCAGUGCCAGAGCCAUGCGCUCCAAAGCCCUGCUGCACCUCCGCAGCAAAGAGUUCCAGCAGUGUGUCGACUGCUUUGAGCGCUCGCUCAAAAUCAACCCAAUGCAGCUCGGAGUGUGGUUUUCUCUGGGUUGUGCCUACUUUGCCCUGGAGGGUUAUGAGGGAGCUGCCAAAGCUUUCCAAAGGUGUGUGGGACUCGAGCCGGAUAAUGCAGAAGCGUGGAACAACUUCUCUUCAGCCUACAUUCGCCUCAAAAAGAAAGACAAAGCCUUCUGCACGCUACGGGAAGCCCUGAAGUGUAACUAUGAACAAUGGCAGAUCUGGGAGAACUUUCUGGUCGUGAGCACCGACAUCGGGGAGUUUGCUGAAGCCAUCAAGGCGUACCAUCGCCUGAUGGACCUCAGGGAAAACUUUAAGGACAUCCAGAUUCUACGGAUCCUAGUUCGAGCAGUAGUUGAAAAGCUGACGGACAGGCAGGGCGGGCAGGCCGAGGCGCUGCGGCCCGAGCUGAAGGAGCUGCUGGGCCGGAUCAGUUCCCGCCACAGCGGCGACUGCGAGAUAUGGCAGCAGUACGCUCGGCUGUACGGAGACGGACGCAGCUCCAACCCAGACGACAACCAAAAGGCUCUACAGUUCCUGUCUAAGGCCCAUCGGUGCAAAGUUCAGAGUAGCGGUUGGGAGAAGGAACCUGCUCUCAUCAUGGAGGUGAUCCUCCGAGCCAUCGACAUGGGUGAAGUGACCUUCAAUUACUGUGAGAAGAAAAGCAAUUCAACAGAAGCUCUUCAGAUGCUCUCCUCCACCCGCCUCAGCCUCAAGAGCCUGGCCAGCAAAGCUAAGCAAAUGCACACGGAUGUGGCGACGGGUCUGAUCCACGGCGAGCUGCAGGACGGUGUCGCUGCUUUGGAACAACUCAUCACUAAGCUACAAGAGCUGGGCGAGAAGCUGCGUGGCCAAUCGCAGUGACCGUCGGCUGUAGUGAAGCCUCAUCAGACGAGGGUCACGUGUGACGAUUGAGGAUGACAACAAUUUUGUGAUUUUUUAUUUUAUUAAUACUUCUAUAUCCACAUUGGAAUGUAAACUGACUUUAAGGCAUCAAAUAUUAAAAUAUUUAAAAAUUUUAAAUGAUCUUAACUUUUCUUAGUAGUAGUAUUUAGUAGUGUAAAUGUUUUAAGUGUCACAUAUAAAAAUAAACAAUCUGACGCGAGCUUACUGUACUUCUGCAUCCCGACUGUGAGGAUGUCAAAGAUGCAGCUUUCAACCCGACGUUGAAGAUAAAUAGGCUGCAGAGCUCUAGAAGCUCCCCAUGUGCCCAAGGACAAGUCGACAUGGACUGAAUGAUGACAUCAUUCCUUUACGCAUUGUGACCCGCUAAUCAAGGGCUGAGUGUGAUGGGGGAUGUCAGCUCAUGAAAACAGAAACAUAACCUCGAAAAGCAAAAGGGUUUUACAAUCUUUACAACCGAGGACAACCUCUGUUCUUUGACUUUGCUUUGGAGAAGGAAGAAGACGUUACAGUAAAAGUUGACAACCUCUGGAAGAGCCACUGAGCGGGGAUGCUUCCAACAUACAGAUAUUCAAUAAAUGUUUGAUUUAUAGGAGAGGAUCCAAAUGACAACCAACGGAAUGUGAACGUACGUGAAGUGGAUCCAGGAUGAAGGGAAUGGAUGCUGUCUCGUUCUUAGUUUUCCUUUUCACCCCAAUAAAAACUAUUCAUACUUA